AUGGCCGCCCUCAGCCCCGAACAGAUAGCCGAAGAGCUCAGGACUAUGCGCCGCGAGAUCGCGGACGUGAGGGCCGAGGCCGAGCGAGACGGCCAGGAAGUGGAGAACGAACUGCAGGCCGUGCGUGACGAUUUCGCCCUCUCCAUCGCCAAGCUCGACGAGAAAACGGCCAACGUCAAGAAGGAGCUGGCCAACGUCAAGAAGGGGCUGGCCACGGUCAACAAGGCCCUCAAGAAGAACGCCAAGCCCAUCAAGUCCAUCGAGAAGCGCUAUCGGCGCGGACACGGUGGCCCGUCGGACGACCAAGCGCCACCAGCAAACGUGUUCUCCCGCCUCGGAACCUUCUGU